AUUUAAUAAAUUGAUUUAUUUGAAUGAAUGAACUAUUUCAUGUCAUGUUUCUAUUUAAAAAACUAAAACCAAAUUUCUAUGGCAGUCAAGGCCAAAAGCCCGAAAAGAUUUGUAACAGUGAGGCAGUGGAGUGGGGCUUAGAGGUAUAUAUAGUUAGAAGGUCUAUCACACCACAAAAAUCUCUCACCAGUCUCCAACAUGAUCAAGUUCGUAGUCCUCGCCAUCGCCAUUUCGGCAGUGCACUGCCAGUACGGAGGCUACCACCAGCAAGCUCCCGAGUACAAGGAAGAAGAACACUACGAACCAGCUCACUACCAGUUCCACUACGACGUCCACGACGAGCACACCGGAGACAUCAAGAGCCAGCACGAGCAGAGGGAGGGGGACAAGACCGAAGGCGAAUACAGCCUCGUCGAGCCCGAUGGCACCCUCAGGGUGGUCAAGUACCACGUCGAUGGAAAGUCAGGGUUCGUAGCUGAGGUACACAGGGAACCCGGCAAGUACAAGCCAGCUCCCGAACCAGCCUACAAGAAGCCAGAGCCAAGCUACUACAAACCACAGCCAACCUACCAGAAGGCUGAACCAUCUUACUACAAGCCCCAGCCCAGCUACAACAAACCACAACCAAGCUACUACAAACCACAGCCAAGCUACUACAAACCACAGCCAAAAUACUACUAA